AUGACGUCGCCAGGCGGGCUGCACCCCAGCAGCGGUCGAGACUCGCUAGAACUAGCAUCGCUAGCCAGCUCAAGCCACCUCAACGACGAUGGCGCAAGCGAGAUGUCAUCCCGACCGAGCAUGGGAUCCUCGCGGCGACUGUCUUUUGCCAACGAAGACCCCUUAGACGACGGCAACGAUGCAGCGCGCACGGCCGGUGGCGGUGGCGGAGGAGGUGUAUCGUUGAGGGAUCGAUCACAAUCUGUCACGUCCGUCUUCGACUUUGCGUCAAACAUGUUCCCCCUCAGCUCGACCACCGACGCGGGCGGCUACGCUCCCCUGGGGGCGUCGACGACGGCGGCCUCGCGGCCCGGCCGGGGCUUGCUGGGCGGCGGGUCGCUCGAGAGGAACAAGACGCUCACGUACGUCAACGGGCUGUCGCUCGUCGUGGGCCUGGUCAUCGGCUCGGGCAUCUUCAGCUCGCCCAGCCAGGUCGGCAGCCAGGUCGGGUCGCCGGGCGCCGCGCUGGUCGUCUGGGUCGUCGCCGGCCUGCUGGUCUGGACGGGCGCGUCGUGCUACGCCGAGCUGGGCGGCGCCAUCCCCCUCAACGGCGGCUCGCAGGUCUACCUGGCCAAGACCUUUGGCGAGCUGGCCGGCUUCCUGUUCACCUGGGUCGCCAUCCUGGUGCUCAAGCCCGGCAGCGCCGCCAUCAUCUCCAUCAUCAUGGGCGAGUACCUCGUCCGCGCAUUCAUCGGCGCCGACGCCGAGACCGUCAACCCCUGGGUCAACAAGGGCGUCGCCCUCGCCGGCCAGGCCCUCAUCGCCUUCAUCAACUGCCUGUCCACCAGGGCCGGCACGCGCGUCAACGACGUCCUCAUGCUGCUCAAGUUCGUCGCCCUGCUGGCCAUCACCGUCAUCGGCAUCGUCGUCGCCGCCACCGGCCUGUCCUACAAGGGCGAGCCGAACGAUGGAUGGAGGACUAGCGGAUGGUUCGACGAUACCUCGUCGGAUCUGUCUGCUUGGGCACUUGCCCUGUACGCCGGUCUCUGGGCCUACGAUGGCUGGGACAAUACCAACUAUGUUGUCGGCGAGUUUCGCAACCCCACCCGCGACCUCCCCCGCGUCCUCAACACGGCCAUGCCGAUGGUCAUCGUGGCCUACGUCCUCGCCAACGUGGCCUACUACCUCGUCCUCCCGCUGGACAAGAUAAACAGCACCAACACGGUGGCCGUGGCAUUCGCCUCGCAGGUCUUCGGUCCCGCCGGCGCUCUCGUCUUCGCCCUGGUGGUGAGCGCCAGCUGCUUCGGCGCCCUCAACUCGUCGACCUUUACGUCGAGCCGCCUCAUCUACGUCGCCGGCAAGGAGAACUACCUCCCCGCCCUGUUCGGCCGUCUGGGCACCGGUGACAGCGACGGCGGCGGCGGCGGCGGCGGCGUCGACGCGGGCAGCACCCGGCGCGGCCGCGGCACGGCGGCGAAGACGUGGAUGGCCCGCCGGCUGCGGUCCUGGCUGGGCGACGACGAUGCCGGCCUCUUCUACACGCCCAUCUACGCCAUCAUCCUCAACAGCGUCCUGACGGCCACGUACUGCGUCGUCGGCGAGUUCGGCACCCUCGUCACAUUCUACGGCGUGGCCGGGUACACCUUCUACUUCCUGACCGUGCUGGGCGUCAUCAUCCUGCGCGUCAAGGAACCCCACCUCGACCGCCCCUACCGCACCUGGAUCACCACGCCCAUCGUCUUCUGCUGCGUCAGCCUAUUCCUCCUCAGCAAGGCCGUCUUUGCCGAGCCCCUGCAGACGGUCGUCGUCGUGCUGUUCAUACUGGUGGGCAUACCGGUUUACUUCUGGAGGAUUCGGGGGAGGGAUAGGCCCAUCAAGAGGAACGAUCACGAUGAUGCGCCGUGGUGGAAAUUCUGGCGUUCAUCUUGA